UAUUCGAUAGCAGAGAAAAGGUAGAAGAUGAUGAUGAGGGAUGACGAUGAAGAAGAAGAUCAGCAGCAUCAGACGGCAGUCUUGGAACAAGUCUUCGGGCACUUCUCAUCCGACGACGAAGAAGAAGCUGAUAAUCAUCACAUCGCGGCAGUAUUGGAACAAGUCUUCGGAAAUUCAUCCUCCGACGAAGAAGAUUCCGAUUCCGAUAACAAGAAUUGGGAAUGCAUCAAAGAAGUAAAAGGAUUAUGUAUACUAAGAAAUUUCCUAUCAAUCUCUCAACAAACCCGUUUACUCUCAUCAAUCAAUUCAGAGAAUUGGUUCACACAACCAUCAAUUAACCAAGCUAUGCGAUUCGGUUAUCAAAAUCUUCCUAAUUGGGCAAUCAAACUCUCUAAUUCAAUCCACCAUUCCAUUUCAUCAUCUUCUUUGCUUUUCCCAUCAAAUCUGUUACAGAGAAAACCGUUUUUCGAUCAAAUGAUAACGAAUUUCUAUCAGCCUGGUGAAGGUAUUUGUCCUCAUGUUGAUUUGUUAAGAUUUGAAGAUGGAAUUGCUAUUGUUUCAUUGGAAUCGAGUUGUGUUAUGGAUUUUAGUUUUGAAGAUGAAACUGUUCCUGUAUUGCUUAAUCCUGGUUCGUUGGUUUUUAUGUUUGGUGAUGCUAGGUAUGUUUGGAAACAUGAGAUUAAUAGGAAACCUGGGUUUCAAUCAUGGCAGGGACAAUUGUUGGAUCAAAGUACAAGAACCUCUGUUACACUUAGGAAACUAUGUUCUUCUCCAUCCACCUAAAUGGAUAUCAACCUAUGAAGCACGAACGCAGACAUUGAUAAUGGAUCGAACACAAACAGUGUGAUACUAAUAAUAAUUUGAGAAAAUGAUAUGACAUAUGUGUUGGUUGUGUCGUGUGUCCGACACGGGACAGGGUUAACUCGAGGAGUGUCUGAGCAUCAUAGAUAUCAACAUUGUCAUUUCGCUUCUUUUUUGGAGGAAAAAUCUCAAACUAGUGUUUUAGGUCAUCUAAAAUAUCAAUUUUCAAUCAAAUUAGUUGUUUUUUUAGAUGGGAGGAACUUUUUCCACCCCCAAAGUCAUCAUACAUGUAGAAAAAUCAGUCUUUGCACUGUAGAAUGUGUACUUUUGAAGUUUUUAUGCUGUGGAGAUGUAUGAUUCUGAAAUUAUGUGUGAUCUUUAGGAUGAACUAUUUUGACCAAAUGGCUACCUAGGAAAUGGAUUUUCUA